AUGAGCGAGCCUCUCCCGUCGUCUUUUGAAGAACAUCCUCAGUUCCAAGAGGAGACUUCGCUCCAAAAGUUCCGCAGACGUCUCAAGGAAGAGCCUCUGAUCCCGCUAGGAUGUGCUGCCACUUCCUACGCACUUUACCGGGCCUACCGGUCGAUGAAGGCCGGCGACUCCGUCGAGAUGAAUAAGAUGUUCCGUGCUCGUAUCUACGCCCAAUUCUUCACCCUUAUCGCCGUGGUCGCCGGAGGAAUGUACUAUGGUAGCGAGCGGAAGCAACGGAGGGAGUUCGAGCAGAUGGUGGAGGCACGCAAGAGCCAGGAAAAGCGGGACGCUUGGCUGCGCGAGUUGGAGAUCCGUGAUAAGGAAGACAGAGGCUGGCGGGAGCGUCAUGCGGCUAUUGAAGCCGCGGCAAACGAAGCUGCAAAUGCUAAGUCUUUCCCUGAGCAGGAUGCUGCUCGCUCUGCUAUUGAGCCCUCCGAACAGAAGUCAAUUGGGGUACUAAGUGCUGUGAAGGAGUUGUUGUCGAGGCAGUAA